AUGCGUUCCUUUCCGGGGUCAAGGCUGAAGAGGCUCAAGCUGACCUUGCUGGGUGGAUUAAUAGCUUCUUCUUGGCCAGAUGCCAUAGCCGCAGAUGAAAGUGAUCAGCUGAUCUUUCUACCGGAGAAUCCUGCGGCCGAUUCCUCACCAGCACCCGGGACAGACAAUCCCAACUUGAUCUUUGCUUCUUUUGCCGGACUACUCCAACAAUGGCCAAACACAUAUGCGUACAGCGGCCAUUCGAUUGUCCCGGGCAUUGUUCCAAAAGGAACGCUACUGUAUCAUGGAACAAAUCAUCCGGUCCCUGCGCCUUCCAAGGGCCUCGAAUGGCUUGCCUUUGAACCGGAAUACAGCUAUAUCAUUCAUACUCGCCGACUUGGUGCGCUCGACUUACACAAAUACGCAGCUACCCGUGAUCUGCGUAUCAUUUAUCUCGAUGGCCAGAGUGCCUCCUUGGGCACCCCCGGCUUUAUGGACAGCCAAAAUGUUCUCAUUAACGGUACCGUUCCCGAGGAGCUUGGUGACAAAGGCCGCUACCUUGACGCAGCGUAUGGCCGCGCCCGGGACCUCUGUAAGCUUGGAAAGCAAUGGGGCUUCGAGGGCGUGGUGCGGAUGAACACCUGUUUUGAAUUGAUGUGGUGUGAUUUCACCCAGGGACUCGAGUACCUUGGGAGCACAAAUACCACCGACCCUUAUGAUACGCAUCAUGGACCAGGUGAAUUUCGUGAUACCCUGCUGCCUGAGAGUUCCAAUACCGAUUCGCCAUCCGAUUCAAACGAAGAAAUUCUCCAUAAUUCAACCGAUGUUAACAAUCCCCUCCUUCCUGACGGACCUCAGGCAAAGCUUCAAGAGAGAAUCGAGCUUCUUGGAGCCAACGAUUCGUCCGCACAGGUCAAAAACCACGAUAAUUCGAUCAAGAUUGACAACCCAAAGGACUUAAUGUUACAAGUUAUUCGCAGGCCUCGGCCCGUCAACUCGCCAUUUUACCUCAGAGCCCCACAGUAUUAUUUCCGAGCAACCAGUCGCCAAUUCUUUUGGCCUGGUGAAGUCCGAGUAAUCCUAGACCCAAGUGGCUUUGUGAGCUUCUACGAUCGAAUCGAAAGCUUGAGCCAGAAGCGGCAGGCUGAUGGGACCAACGACUCCCCGCGCCACACUCACAGACUGCAUGGGAUAAGCUCGAGUGAUGUGGAGAAAAUUAAAGACCGUCUGUUCAAUGUCCUCAGCCGUAAGAAUGCGGAAGAAUGGCGGACGAAGUCCGAUCGUCUGGAUUGGCGCACAUCGGUCGAAACAAUCGUUCGAACGUACAGCAAGUCACUCAUCGAGCUUGAUUACCUCCUCAAACGGGGUGACAUGAGCGCUGUCGACCGGGCGGCCGAAGUGCGCGGCUUGACUUACGGUAUGAUCCUCCCAUACGUCGAUUUUUCUGCUUGGAAUGCCAGUGAUCCGGCUUGGGUCGAGAGAAACGUGAAAAAAUGCGCGAGAGGCUUUACUUCCGGAACUUAUCGUGCCUCGGACCUCACGGAAUCUAUACAAGUCAUCAUUGGUGCGAUCGAAGGGACUUUGGAUCGAUUGUGCAGCACGAUCUUCAGCAUCUUUUCCCAAACCAUUGAAUUGGAUAUUCCUAUCGAUUCACUCAUCAGUCCCGAUGCAAGAUUGGAGAGCGACGCCACCUUGAGGGCCUCGGAAUGGAGACAACAAACCGAGGAGUUGAUGAAGUGGUUGGGCUGGUCAACCUGGGGUCACUGUGACCCUCCCUGCAAAGUCAAUGAAAUCUGUCUGCCUCCGUUGUGGCCGAUCUUCUGGGUUGAAGGAUUUCCUGAGUUCGAAAAGUUUCCUUUUUGUAAGAUUAUUUCUGGGAAGAAGUCAUAA